GUGACAGUCGAACCGAUAUCAAUGCCAGUUUCUAUAAUUUGUGCGUUCAUGGUAUUGCGUUCAUUAUCAGACAUUUUUAGUGGUGUUCAUUUGUUGUAAGUCAUGCGGCGGAGUAAGGUUGAAGUGGACCGCUACGUGUCCACAGUACUGAGUUCGUCUCCUUCACUCAAAGAGAAGCCAGUCAAAGGAUUUUUAUUUGCUAAAUUGUACUUUGAGGCAAAGGAAUAUGAAACUGCUAAAAGACAUGUGUCAGAUUAUCUCAAAGUCCAGGAGAGGGAUCCAAAAGCACACAAAUUCCUUGGACAACUGUUUGAGAGAGAGGGAGACAUCAACAAGGCAGUAGGAUGUUACAAGCGGUCAGUAGAUUUAAACCCAGCUCAGAGGGACCUGGUGCUGAAGGUGGCUGAGUUGCUUGUGAGUAAAGCAGAAUGUGAUAGCAGAGCAGAGUUUUGGGUGGAGAAAGCUGCCAAGCUGUUGCCAGGAAACCCUGCAGUCUUCAACCUAAAGGAGCGUUUGUUGAGUCGUCAGGGUCAACCGGGUUGGAACCGAUUGUUUGACCUCCUCCAGACAGAGCUGGCAGCAAGGCCGGCGGAUCCUCAUGUAAACGUGAAGUUGGUUCAGCUGUUCUGUCAGGAUGGACGGUUGGAUGAAGCCGUUAAGCAUUGCCUGUCUGCUGAGAAAAAGGGCAUACUGAGCAACAGUCUGGACUGGCACAAUGUGGUGUUGCACACACUGCAGGAGUAUCUAGCUCAGCCCAGUGUCACCAGUAAUGAGAAAAUGUGUCGACAUCUCCAGAGAGAACUGCUGCUGGCCCACUGCAGCAUGCUGAGAAUCACACUGUCUGAGAGCAGUGUGCAGCCCAGCCUUGAUGCCCUCAGGAGUUUUGACCAAGCUAUGCAGAUGCUGAGCAGCACUGCUUACUGCCACACGGACGACCUUUGUGAAGUGUUUGUAGAGAUGAGGGGUCACCUCUACCUGCAUGCUGCCACACUGCUGCUGAAGCUGGCUCAAGAUCGCCAACACACAUGGAGGGCUGUCGUUGACUUGGCUGGACUAUGCUACCUGUUGGCAUACCAGGUUCCCAGACCAAAAGCUAAAGUGACCAAAAGAGACCAGUCAGCGCCACAGCUUCUGGAGCUCCUUGCCAACGAUCGUCAGAGUCAGGCGGGCCACAUGUUGUUAAAUCUGAGCACUGAUCCAACCACCUUGAUUAGAGAGGUGGUGGAGGCAUUUGGGAACCGGAGUGGUCAGGACUCGCUCUUUGAACACCUGUUUGGACCACAGGCAUUCCCCGGCUCGUCCUUUAUUGCCAACGAUGACAUUCAUUCCAUUAACACUAUGGCUCCAGAGCUCCCUCAACUGGCCAAAUGGGAUGCUGGCUCCAUCCUGCUGCAUGGUGGUGACUUGCAGCAUCUCUGCUGGUUGGGACUACAGUGGACCCUCCUGGCCCAAAGACUUGCCCUACGGGACUGGCUACAGCAGCUCUUUCCAAGGCUUACUCUGGAAACUUCUAAACUGGACACCAACGCACCAGAAUCCAUCUGCCUGCUGGACUUAGAGGUGUUUUUAUAUGGUGUCGUGUUCUGUAGCCACUGUCAACUUCAGGAGACGGCAAAGAUCAGCAGUUCAGUGAACCAGCAGCAACAGCAGCAGCUCUUUGAGCCUCGCUGCCUUCCCCUUCCCCUUCUUCGCCUCUUGACCACUGACAGACAGAGGGAGUGGUGGGACGCCGUAUACAGCCUCAUUCACAAACGAGCAGCUCCUGGUAUGUCAGCUAAACUGAGGAUGAUUGUGCAACACGGACUAAGCUCUCUAAGGGCCGGAGAAAAACAUGGCCUCCAACCAGCACUGGCCAUCCACUGGGCUCAGUGUCUAAGCCAAACGGGUGAUGGAAUCAACUCGUACUACGACCAGAAGGAAUACAUUGGCCGCAGUGUCCACUACUGGAAAGCUGUACUUCCACUGCUGGAAAAGAUCAAAAACAGACGGAGUAUACCAGAACCACUUGAGCCCCUCUUCAUACACUUCCCCUCUAAAGAUACCCAGAUUUCUUCUGUGAAGGGUUAUGAAGAGGAGGCCACGGUAGCAUAUGCAGCUCUUCUUGACAUUGAAGGCAAGACAGAGGAGGCCAUUGCUACCUUGGAAACCAUCAGUAACAUGUCAUCCAUCUGGCAUUUGGCACAGAUUUACCAGCGACUAUCAGAGGAGGCCAGCAAUGGUGUUGAGGAGACACAAGAUAGGUGUGUCACUUUUCUGAAAAAGUUCAGGACCUACCUGUCCAAGAUCUACAAUGGUAAUGCAGAGGAUAUUGAGAAGCUGCCUGUUUCCAUGGAGGAAAUUGUGGACCUCCUCAAUGAUGUGAACCAGCAGCUCGGGGAGAGUGGUGAGGCCAUGGAUGAAGAGGAGGAGAAAGAGGGGGCGGUUCAAAGAGGACCAGCACACUCCAGCCCCGCUACAGAAACCUCUGCCAGCAUAUCCCAUAUAAAGUUUUCCACUCCAUCUCCUAACAAAAGCAUCUCUCCUUCCAAAAGACACCUGAUUUCUCCCAAGAUACAACCGCAUUGGGUGGAGGACCAGAAAAGUCUCCUCCAAAUGCUUUGUCAGCAAGUUGAAGCCCUCAAGAAUGAGGUUCACGAUCUGAGACACAACUCUUCAGGAAACGUAGACUCCCCACAUCACAAGCUGUAUGGGGAGAGCUACGGGGCUGAGGGCCUUCAAGAGCCAUUUACGCCAGUCCAGUCCUACCAUGGGGCCCCUCUAACAGUUGCCACCACAGGCCCCUCUGGUUUCUACAACCAGUCUCCAGCUUACAACUCCCAGUACCUCCUACGCACAGCAGCAAAUGUAACCCCCACCAAGGCUCCAAUGUACAGUAUGAACCGUAUGCCACCACAGCAGCAUAUGUAUGCCUACCAGCAGCCCACUCAAACGCCUCCAUUGCAAACAGCCCCAGCCUGCAUUUACCCUCCUCAGGAACAGGUCUUUGGUGCCUCUCUUCGAUUUGAAUCUCCAGCCACAAGCCUUCUUUCCCCAUAUAGUGAAGAGUACUAUGGCCAGAGUGUAACCCAACAAACCACUAACCCUCCGCUUCCAGAACCUGGCUACUUUACCAAGCCAUCAGUAGUCCCAGUUCAGCCACCAAAGAGCAUUGAAGGAAAGCCUAUGGACUUUGGUAAGCUCCCCUUUGGCCAACAGGCACCGGCUGAAGUCCCAAAAGUGCCUUGUUUUGGAGGAGUGCCAGUUUCUCAGUCAACACCUUCCACUGCUUUUAAAUUCAACUCAAACUUUAAAUCAAACGAUGGAGAUUUCAGUUUCUCAGCUUCCCAGGCCAAGCAUAGUGAAAGUCUGCUUGGUCUUCUUACAUCAGACAUUCUCCCUAAAACUGAUACUGCUACUGAGAAGCCUCAAGUCGGAGAGCAGCCCCCCAACCAAACAGGCAUCUUCACAUUUGGAAAUAAAAACAUCGGUGGCUUCUCCAGUGUAGACUCUGCUCAGAGCGCAGGCACUGGAAGUCUGUUUGGAAACAUGGAGCAGCCAUUUACAUUUGGCGAUGUUAACAAGCCAUUGUUUGGGGUUGCCCAGUCUACAGCAGAGGAGGAGAGAGCAGCAGAGAGUGAUAAUGACAGUACGCAUGUGGAGGAGGAUGAAGAUGGUCCUCACUUUGAACCCAUUGUACCUCUUCCUGAUAAAGUAGAUGUCAAAACGGGUGAGGAGGAGGAGGAGGAAAUGUUUUGCAACAGGGCAAAGCUGUUUCGUUUUGACACAGAGACAAAAGAGUGGAAGGAGCGGGGCAUUGGCAAUGUUAAAAUCCUGAAACACAGCAUUAAAGGGAAGGUCCGUCUCUUAAUGAGAAGGGAGCAGGUCCUUAAGAUCUGUGCAAACCACUACAUUACUUCUGAUAUGUUACUAAAACCGAAUGCCGGCUCUGACAAAUCCUGGGUCUGGAAUGCCAUUGAUUAUGCAGAUGAAGAGCCUAAGCCUGAACAGCUGGCGAUACGCUUCAAAACAGUAGACGAGGCAUCACUUUUCAAAGCCAAGUUUGAGGAAGCCCAGACAAUUUCGCUUGAAUUGCCUGUAAAGCAACAUCAACAAGAUGAGAAAGAGGAAACACUUAAAAAUCCAGUUUCUUUGGCUGCCCAGUUUGCUCUUAAAGAAGGGGAAUGGGAAUGCGAUGUGUGCUGUGUAAGAAAUAGUCCAACAGAUAUGCAGUGUGCUGCUUGUCAAAGUGCAAAUCCCAACUCUUCAUCAAAGCCAGGCAUUCAGGCUGCUGGUGAAUCCAAAACCAGUCCUUUUACUUUCAAAUUUGGGACUGAUGCAUCCAAACCAAAUAGUUCUAGUUCUACAUUUACAGGAUUCGGUGGGUUUGGAGCUUCUGUACCCUCCUCAUUUACAUUUGGCACCACCACCUCAAAACCCACUGACACAGUAAGCAAUGCAUUUGGCUCUGCCUUUGUGGCUCAGUUUGGCAAGAAACCAGAGCAGUGGCACUGUGACUCAUGCUCUACAAGAAACGAUGCAUCUGCAGAUAGUUGUGUGUCUUGUAAAGUUGCUAAAGUUUCACCUAAAACAACUACCGCAACACAAAUGGCACCAGCUGCAGUACAGUCCUCUUUAUCCACUGCAGUGUCUGGGUUUGGUUCCCAGUUUAGCAAGAAGCUUGGACAAUGGGACUGUGAUGUAUGCGUAGUAAGAAAUGAGGCCUCUGCUGACAAAUGUGUUGCCUGUCAAAGCCCCAACCCUGCAACUAAAUCAAUAGAAGGGGCUUCAGUUACAUUUAAUCCACCAACAAUUUCAGGAUUCGGAGCUGAUUUUGCAAAAAAUGAUGGCCAAUGGGACUGCAACAGCUGUCUGGUCAGAAAUGAUGCAUCAGCUACUGAGUGCAUUGCCUGCCAUGCUCGUCAUGAAGCUCCCUCUUUAGGAGCAAUGUUUGGUAAGAAGGAUGGAGAAUGGGAUUGUGACACUUGUUUGGUGAGAAACAAAACCUCUGCCAGUAACUGUGUGUCCUGUCAGACACCAAAUCCUAAUGCUAAAAGCACAACCAGCAUUGCUCCCUCAGCCUCCACUUUCAGCUUUAGCUUUGGAACAAAAAGCUCAUCAAACCAGCCUGCUGGAACUGGGUUUACUGUGCCUUUUGAGACUGGCAACACGUUUCAGUUUGGUCAAAAUAAAGAUAAUGGUUCAGCUGCUUCUUUUAAGUUUGAAGCGCCUCAGGCAGGAUCUAGUGCUAAAAGUCCAUCAGGCUUUUCGUUCUCAAUGCCUACUCUAGCUGGUGGCUUUAAGUUCGGUAUUCAGGAACCUGAAAAAGAAAUUGCCUACACCGAUAAUCAAAUACCUCCAUCAGGAUCAGCCUCCAAUUUUCUAAAAAGCAUAGCUGAUGAACACAAGGCGAAAGAAAAUUUGUCUUUGAUCUCAGUGGGCCAAACAGAGCAAGAGCAAAAUCCAUUAGUUGCAGGAGGGGCGUUCUCGUCAUUAAAACCAAUCCCCGCAAAGACUGAUGCCACAAAUGAACUGGAGGAUGAUGACAUGUAUAAAACAGAAGAAAAUGACGAUAUACAGUUUGAACCAGUGGUCCAGAUGCCUGAUAAAGUUGACCUGGUGACUGGUGAGGAAGAUGAACAGGUUCUUUACUCCCAGCGUGUCAAACUGUUCAGAUUUGAUGUAGACACCAGUCAGUGGAAAGAGCGUGGUGUAGGAGUCCUUAAAUUCCUGAAGAACAGCAGUAAUGGCAGGCUAAGAGUGCUAAUGAGAAGAGAGCAAGUUCUCAAGGUUUGUGCCAACCACUGGAUCACCACCACCAUGAAUCUUAAGCCCUUAGCAGGCUCGGACAAAGCAUGGAUGUGGAUGGCCAACGACUUCUCUGAUGGAGAUGCUAAACUUGAACAAUUGGCUGCUAAGUUCAAAAGCCCUGAGCUUGCUGAGGAGUUUAAGGAAAAAUUUGAAGAAUGUCAGAGACUGCUCUUGGACAUCCCCUUGCAAACCCCCCAUAAGCUCAUUGACACAGGCAGAACAGCACAUCUCAUUCAGAAAGCAGAGGAAAUGAAGUCAGGAUUGAAAGACCUGAAAUUCUUUUUGACAGAGGAGAAAACAAAGAUCAAAGAUGACGACAACCAGGAUGAUAUUACUACAUCCAGCAAUGUUUCAAGCCUUGUGAUAAAGCCUCACGGUGAAACCACCGGCCCCACCUUGGAAUGGGAUAACUAUGACCUUAGAGAAGAGGCUUUGGAUGAUACUGCUGACUCAUCAGUCUAUGCCUCUCCCCUCGCCAGCAGCCCCCUGAGAAAGAACCUUUUCCGCUUUGGUGAGUCCACUAGUGGGUUCAACUUCAGCUUCCAACCUGGCAUUAGCCCCUCCAAGUCUCCUGCUAAGCUUAACCAGAGCAGAAACUCAGUGGGCACUGAUGACGAGCAGGAUUCAAUCCAGGAUGAGGAAAAGGAUGGCCAAUACUUUGAACCUGUGGUGCCAUUGCCUGAUCUGGUGGAUAUUUCUACAGGAGAAGAAAAUGAACAGGUGGUCUUCAGUCACAGGGCCAAACUGUAUCGCUAUGAUAGGACAUUGGCUCAAUGGAAGGAGAGGGGUAUUGGAGACCUCAAGAUCUUGCAGAACUAUGAUACCAAGGGAGUGAGGUUAAUAAUGAGGAGGGACCAGGUACUUAAGAUCUGUGCCAAUCACUGGAUCACUGCAGCCAUGAAACUAGAACCUAUGAAAGGUGCAGAGAAGGCCUGGGUCUGGAGUGCGCGGGACUAUGCUGAAUCAGGAGAUGGCAACAUUGAGCAGUUGGCUGUGAGAUUCAAGCUCCAAGAAACAGCAAACACAUUCAAGCAAGUUUUUGACGAGACUAAGGUAGCACAAGAAAAAGGGGAACUAAUGACUCCUGUGACAUCCAGUGUUGCCUCUCCUCGAGACUGUGGAUCCAUAGAACCAGCAAAGCCUGCUUCAGCUAUUUGUGGGAAAGCAGCUAUUGCUGUUCUGGAAGAGACCACCAAGGAACGUACUGAGCUUUCUCCUGAAUCUGAGCUGUGUGCAGCUGGGUCGCCAAGUCAAGUAAACCCCUCAAAGACAACAGUGGUAUCCCCUCCUAAGUUUGUCUUUGGCAAUGAUAACCUUCAGAAGAUAUUUGGAUCUCCUAGAUUUUGCUCUGAGACUGAGGAAUCUACAUCCUGUGUAAAGGCAAAAGAGUCUGAACCGUCUGCCAAGGCUAUAGCACCUGCAUUCAAAAUCCCAGAAAAAGGAGCACCUCGGGCAGAAGGAGGCAGUGCAGGGUCAGAUGAGGACUCAGAGGUGGAGGUUGUGUUUGUCAGGGAACCUACAGCUGAACAGGCUGCUUUAGCAAGAAAGCUCUUGCUGCCUCUUACCUUCUUCUGCUACCAGAAUGAACCGGGCUACAUAAGUGACGAUCAAAGUGAUGAUGAGGACUAUGAGUCAGCUGUAAAAGCCUUAAAUGGAAAGCUGUACCCUGACCCUCCUGAGAAAAAGGCUGCAGCAUGUGGUGACGAGCAAGACUGCCAGGUGGUGUGGGAGAAGAAGCCGACGCCAGAAGAGGAGGAGAAGGCGAAAAGCCUCCAGCUGCCACCCACCUUCUUCUGCGGCCUGAGCACCACUGACAGUGACCCGGACCCCGACAAACCUGAAGACUUUGAGACAGAGGUCCGCAAGGCACAGCAAGACUUGGACGCUCAGUUAAACCAAACUGAAAAGACCCCGAUCAGCGCUUCAGUUGCCCAAGAAGAGCCAAGUGCAGGUCCUUCUUCCAGCAGCACAGAAGCUGAAGGCACCACGUCUAGACCAAAAGAACAGACGUCAGACCAGCCAACAGAGACUCAGAAUGAUGCUCCCAGCAGCAGCUCUCCCAUUGACCUGUCGACUAAAAAGAGCCCAGAGCCGGACUCCAACAGUGAGACCGCAGCUGUAGCUUUGACCGCUCCAACAGCUAGUCAAGAUUCCUCAAACUUUGGCUUUAACUCUCUUGGAGGCUUCUCGUUUGCUGAAUUGGCUCAAAACACAGAUGGAUUUGCAUUUGGAACAAAAGGAGACACUGACUUCUCAUGGGAAAACGCUGGGGCUACAGUAUUCCGUUCUGCGGUGCCAAAAGCCCCAAAAAACAAUGGAGAUGAGGAUGGAAGUGAUGAGGAGGAGGCUCCAAAUGAAGUGGACAUUCACUUUGAGCCAAUAGUAUCACUACCAGAGGUGGAGACAAAGUCUGGAGAGGAGGACGAGGAAAUCCUGUUUAAGGAGCGCACCAAGCUGUACCGGUGGGACCGAGACCUAGGUCAGUGGAAGGAGCGAGGGGUCGGUGACAUCAAGAUUCUCUUCCAUCCUGAUAAACGUUUCUACCGUAUCCUGAUGAGAAGAGAGCAGGUGUUCAGAGUUUGUGCCAACCACACUAUUACACAGGUGAUGGAACUUAAACCCAUGAACGCCUCAGCCAACGCACUGAUCUGGAUUGCCACCGACUACUCAGAUGGCGAUGGAGUUGUGGAGCAGUUGGCAGCCAAGUUCAAAACCCCUGAGAUAACCCAAUCCUUCAAGAAGACCUUCUGCGAGUGUCAGAGUCGCAUAGGCAGUGCUGAUGGUGAUGCUCAUGUAUCCUCACCUCAGAUGUCCAGAAUUCAAGAGCACUCCAGAGACACUAACCCACAGGUUUUCCUCAAAGUGGAAGCUGAUGGCCAACCACUUGGCACAAUCAACAUAGAGCUCUUUUCCCAUAUUGUCCCCAAGACGGCUGAAAACUUCAGGGCUCUCUGCACUGGCGAGAAAGGGUUUGGCCUUCGGGCUUCCAUCUUCCAUAGAGUCAUACCAGACUUCAUGUGUCAGGGCGGUGACAUCACAAACAGUGAUGGCACAGGAGGCAAGUCCAUCUACGGCAGCAAGUUUGAAGAUGAAAACUUUGAUGUCCGGCACACAGGCCCAGGCGUUCUGUCAAUGGCUAAUCGUGGACGCGACACCAACAACUCCCAGUUCUUCAUCACACUGAAGAAAGCCGAACACCUGGACUUCAAACAUGUGGCUUUCGGUUGGGUUUGUGAAGGAAUGGAUGUGUUGCAACGGAUGGGAGAGCUGGGCACAAAAGGAGGCCCCCCCUCAAAGAAGCUUGUCAUCACAGACUGUGGACAGCUGUAGCCUGUCACAUGUUUAGCUCAAGAUUUACAGUUUUGUUUAGGUGAUAAAAUUAUGUAAUGAUGUGACUCCUGUGCAGUACUUAACCACCUGCUGCAACUAAACAACUAGUGAAUAGACAAUUGAGAAUAAAACCCAGGACACGGGUCUAGUGAUCAAAAUGAUACAUCAUAAAAGUGUCGUUCCAUUAGCAUGGAGUAAGAAACUAUUUUUGCUAUCCCAUAACCUAGUCAUAAAAGAGAAACAUGGCACAGUAUGUGUGAGGAGGUCAAUGUACUUUUGCUGUGUUGCACUUGCAUCUUUAUCAUCUGUCAAUAAAUUGUCAUGAUAUGUUUAUUUUGUGUAUAGAUGUACAUUGACUUUUUAAAAUGUUGUUCUUUUGUCUUACAUGUGUUCAAUUUAAAUGUGCCGGUUCUCUUUUGUUUUUUUUUCCUAAAAAGUCUUGUCUAUAAUUUCAAGGUGACACUGUUAUUUGAAUGCACCUAGAUUUGUACCCAUGGCCUUGCCUUCUCCCCGAGUACUGCUUCAGUCCUUUUUAUUGUUCCCUUGUGAUUUUCCUUUGUGUAAGUGGAUUUCACGAUGGCCCUACUCAGAUUGCCGUUUUAAGGCACUUUUGUAGAAACGCAGUAUGCAAAGUGCUAAUGUGCUUACCUCCCCAUAUUCUGGAGUUAUGUCACUGUGUUGCACGGAGGGAAGGUGGGUGUAAAUUAUCUAUAUCUGGUGCUUGUACCAAAAUAAUUUGACAAAAUAAAGUACAAAUAAAGUUGCUUUACAGGUAAUGAA